ACACGGCAGCAAUUUACGCCACAGUCCAAUCCCGACCUUCUUCAUCCUCUCUACUCUCCAACAUUAAACAAGGAAAGGAAAGAAAAAGAAAAGAAAACCUUUUAAAAAAAUCUUUCCUCGGAUCCGAUCACCGUCGACCCCUCCAAGAUGUCAACCUUUAGCGGUGACGAGACCGCUCCCUUCUUCGGUUUCCUCGGCGCCGCAGCCGCCCUCGUCUUCUCCUGCAUGGGAGCAGCGUACGGAACCGCGAAGAGCGGCGUCGGAGUCGCGUCGAUGGGGGUGAUGAGGCCGGAGCUCGUGAUGAAGUCGAUCGUGCCCGUGGUCAUGGCGGGAGUCCUUGGGAUCUACGGUCUCAUCAUUGCCGUCAUCAUCAGUACUGGUAUAAACCCUAAGGCGAAGUCGUACUAUCUCUUUGAUGGAUACGCUCAUCUCUCUUCGGGUCUUGCUUGUGGUCUCGCUGGGCUCUCUGCUGGCAUGGCGAUCGGGAUCGUCGGGGAUGCUGGAGUCAGAGCCAACGCUCAACAGCCAAAACUUUUUGUCGGAAUGAUCCUCAUCCUCAUCUUUGCUGAAGCUUUAGCUCUCUAUGGCCUUAUUGUUGGUAUCAUCCUCUCCUCUCGUGCUGGCCAAUCAAGAGCAGACUAGGUCGGACUUGCAAAAGAAGAGGAGAGAUGGUCAAUAAACCAGUGAUUGAUUGGUUACUUCCAUCUCUCUGACCCGGUUUAUUCCUAGGUAAUCAAUUCUUAGUAACUGUAAUUUUUUUUUUAAGAAUUGUUUUUGGCAGACUGGCUAUUUUUGUGU